GUUCGCACUUGUCGUGCGCUUUCCGCAACGUUACAGUUAACAGGCUCUAUUGUUAUCGGUUAUCGAAACUGUUUUGAUUGCAACAUAUUUAAGCUGAAAAUGUCACCGAAUGCGUUUAUCGCCAUGUGCCACGCCCCCCAACCGAAAUGGGGGCUGCUGGGCGGAGUUGUUUGGCUGUCGCUGCUGUUGCCUCUGGCCGCCGGCGGUUCGUGCCGCGAGGCUCAGCUCUGUUGCAACGGACGCGACUCGUCGUGCGUGGUUCAGAAGGCGCCGGUGAAUGCGAUUAUCGAGGAUCUGAGCGAUAAGCCGUGCUAUUGCGAUCACGCCUGUCUCAAGCUGGGCGAUUGCUGUGACGACUUCAAGGAUCAUUGUGGAGCGUAA